GGUAACUAGCUUACUAGGUGGACAAGUCAACUUGCUCAACAUCAAUUAGGAGCUAGUAGCUGACGCGAGACAUACGCGGGGUCCGCGCCCUGAAUUUGCACUUCGAGGAGCACGCAAGCAGCCUUUUGAAGAAAGCGGCCGGGAGCGUGGACUAAUGGCAUGCAGUAAGGCACUGGUAUAGAAACCGUUCCCACCGCCGCGCCCAGCCCCGCGUCCUGUGAGCUGAGAGCUACUUAACAGCCAUGGAGGAGCCGGGCGCGGAGGAGGUUCGGAUUCUCUUCAGCACAGCGAAGGGGGAAUCCCAUACGCACAAGGCAGGCUUCAAGCAGCUAUUUCGACGAUUGCGUUCAACUUAUCGUCCAGACAAAGUAGAUAAGGAUGACUUCACGCUGGACACGCUGCGGUCAGCGCACAUCCUUGUGCUCGGUGGCCCGAAGGAGAAGUUCACCGCGCCUGAGGUGGACAUGCUCAAAAAGUUCGUGAAGAAUGGUGGCUCCAUCCUCAUUCUAAUGUCGGAGGGCGGCGAGGAGAAGGCGGGCACUAACAUCAACUACUUCCUCGAGCAGUUUGGCAUGUCGGUGAACAACGACGCCGUGGUCCGCACCACGCACUACAAGUACCUGCACCCCAAGGAGGUGCUCAUCUCGGACGGCAUCCUCAACCGGGCGGUGAUCACGGGCGCGGGGAAGUCGCUGAACAGCAACGACGACGACGAGUUCCGCGUGUCGCGGGGGCCGCAGGCUUUUGAUGGCACGGGCCUGGAGUACGUCUUCCCCUUCGGUGCCACGCUCUCAGUGCAGAAGCCCGCGGUGCCCGUCUUGUCCAGCGGCAAAAUCGCGUACCCCAUGAACCGGCCAGUGGGUGCGGUAUGGGCGCAGCCCGGCUACGGCCGCAUCGCCGUGCUGGGCUCGUGCGCCAUGUUUGACGACAAGUGGCUGGACAAGGAGGAGAACUCCAAAAUCAUGGACUUCUUCUUCAAGUUCCUCAAGCCGCAUUCCAAAAUCCAACUCAACGACAUUGACGCGGAGGAGCCGGACGUGAGCGACCUGAAGCUGCUGCCCGACACAGCCAGUCUGGCAGACAAGCUGAAGGGCUGCCUCCAGGAGAUCGACGACGUGCCGCGCGACUGGACCUCGCUGUUCGACGACUCGCUGUUCAAGUUCGACACCGGCCUCAUCCCUGAGGCCGUGUCGCUGUACGAGAAGCUGGGCGUGAAGAAGGGGCAGCUGAACCUCAUCCCGCCCUCCUUCGAGACGCCACUGCCGCCGCUGCAGCCCGCCGUGUUCCCGCCCACCAUCCGUGAGCCGCCGCCGCCGGCGCUGGAGCUGUUCGACCUGGAUGAGAGCUUUGCCAGCGAGACGAACCGGCUGGCCUCGCUCACCAACAAGUGCCACGGCGAGGAGGACCUGGAGUACUACAUCAUGGAGGCGGGCCACAUCCUGGGCCUCAAGCUGCAGGAGAACGCCAACGCCAAGCACGUGCUGUCGGAGGUGUUCCGCCGCAUCGCGCAGUACAAGAUGGGCAGCCUGGGCCUGGGCCAGACGCUGGACUCCAUGGGCCAGACCCUGCCCGCGGCCAACCAGUUCGGCGACCAGUUCGAGCUGUAAGGAGCAGCGAGCUACAGGCCGAGCAACUGCGUGGCAGGCGGCAGGGCGGGCGCUGGCUGCGGCGGAGGCCGAGGCGGGGGCGGCUGGCCUGGGAAUGCUGCUGGCAGCGGAUGUGGAAACGUGGGGCGCCGCAGCUGCUGGAGCUGAGGCGGUUCGGGGCUGGCUGCUGGCGUGCUGGCAGCAGGAUGUGCGCUUGUGCUGAUGCGGUCAGCGGAGCAGCGGGCAUGCUGGGCUGCUGAGCAGAGCCACGCGGGAGGGUGUGCGGCGCGCCAACGGCAGCAGCAUGCUGCACGCGGGGUUGUGGCCUGGCGGCGAAAAGCUGGGCAUUCACCGGUGCCUCCUCUGAAAGGCGGCUGGGCUUGGCACCGCGUGUGCCGCUUGCGGUGUGCUGGGUGUACUGGUUUCACGCGUUCUCCAGUCUGAUGAGGGGAGCCUUUAUCGGAUUGACAAUGGUCCAUGGUGAACGAUGGAUUAUGGAUAUCGGAGUGCACAGAGGCUGACAAGAUAACGUUACAGUCCAGGAGAUAUGUGGUGGUAGCUGCAGCAACUACAAGAUGGCGUCAGUCAGACCCGACCUGUUUUGAGUGCUGCAGGCUGACACGCAUGCUGACAGAACAGACGCCGCUGCAAUUGCGGUUGAUAUUUUAGCCAGAAGGCAAUAUGUGGGUGUAUGCGGGGGGUGGCAUGAGGCGCGCGAGUGGAGGAGUACAGGGCUGCGUCGGGCGUGCGCGUCUGCGGUUGCAACAGUGAGCUGUGUUGGGUGUGCAAGGUGGCGGGCGUGUGCAUGGAGCCGUGUGGAGCAGUGUUCCCGUGGCGCUCAAGCGGCCCAGCAUUCACUAAGCUCACGUGUAAAACUCAUUACGG